ACACUCAAAGCUUGGCAGAUGAAGCUGCUGAAAAAGUGAAGAUCACUUACACGGACUGCAAGACUCCAAUUAUUUCCAUUCAAGACGCAAUUGAAGCCUCGUCAUUUUUCUCAGCACAAAUUGUGGAUCAAGUAUUUGGAGAUCCCGAUGGUAAGUGAAAGAUUUACAUUGUAAUUGCAACACUUUUCAGAGGGAGGGAAAAGUUGGUUGUUCCGAGCGAGCGAGCGAGCAUGGUUUGAACACGCACUUUUAUUUUCCCCAGUUUUAUUUGUGUACUACUAUAUUGCGGCGUCCAAAUGAAGUUAGGCAUUGCUUUGUAUUUGGUGCGUGAUUUUUUUAGUCUGUUAGUUUUAUCAUUGUUUUUAUAAUUUCACAGGAGCAAUGGCAUCAUCUGCGCAUGUCAUCAGCGGAGAAAUUUCAUUGGGGACGCAACAUCACAUUCACAUGGAAACACACGUUUGUACUUUACUUAUCUUAUUUAAGUUGCGGGACUUAUGAGACAGUUCGUUACUUAUACCUUAGAGUGGGUGGGAGAUUCUUAUUGCAUGUAGAAAAAUGUUAUAUGAGACCUCCACCCAUUCAGCAAAAACAUUUUAUUUGCCAGCAAGCCCAUAAUUUGUCAAAACAUUUACACGUUUAGGCAUGUCUUUGCAUCCCUGGCGAGGAAGAGAUGGAGAUCUAUGCUGCAACGCAAUAUAUUGAUGCUACUCAGAUGGCAAUAGCUCAGGUUUUGAAUAUACCAGAGAAAAGGUUGGUUUGUUGA